AUGCUUUCCUGGAAAAUUCCAAUUUUCAUUUUUAGGUUUUUUUUGUUUAUUGUUUCUGUACUUUGCUUGCUUCCCGAUUCUUAUGUUAAUCAAACUAAUGUACUCUUCUGA